AUGGAGACCAACCCUGCUGUCACCUCCACUCAGGCGGCAUUGGCCGACAGAGAAAGCCUGCUCUCGAUCCAGAGACAAGGGCACAGGCACCGCAACUAUGCGCACUUCAGUCGUUUUCGCUUCUCCAGCGAUGUUAAGAUUCUCGAAUGCCUUGCCCACAUCAAAGCAACCCAGGCAAAGAAAGGGGCGGUGCCACGGCCUAACCCUAGUAUUCAGUCAUCGUCCCAGAAUACCAAUGCCCAAAACCAACCUGAUGGCGGGGACCAGAACUCCAGGGGUAACAACGAUGGAAAUGCCAGCGACUCGGAUGGGGAAGAUGACCAGCAGCGUCAAGGUCUCGCCCAGGUGACGGAAGACGGCUUUUCACGGUUACAAGCGCUGCAGACGCUGCUGGAAACCUCGGACCCGGUCAUCUCUAACCGGAUCCGAUGGCUGAGGAUCGAAGACCCGGACAAUUUUGUGCUGUUCUGUCAUCUUGCCGCCCUUAAAGCGCUGCAACAGCCCUGGGAUAGGGUCCUCAAGCGCAUUCGAAGCAACGUGGAUGAGAGCAUACAGCUGGUGCCGGUAAUACAGCAAUACUACCAGAAAGUAGUGGGUAGACCGCGCAAAGCUUCAGACCAAUUUAUCAACCUGGCGCACCGCAUGGAGAGGUGGGACAGCAAUUUGGCCAGGUUCGACGAGCAACAUAGGCGGUGGAAGCUGAUCCCCGUACGGGGAGAUGCACCAAUAAAACAGCCUCUGGAAUUCCACAUAGACAUUCGGAAAAGAUUCAACACCAUCUGCUCCACAGAGAACACGGAGUUCUUCUGGUGGGCGGAACAGGCUAUCCUCAGAGUGCUGAGCCGGUUCGACGCUCACCGUGAACACCAACCGCUCCGAAACACGCCAUUCAUGCCAUACACAGCUAAACAUCUCAUCGGUGUGGUCGAGCACAUAUAUUCCCAGCUGUGGACGGAGUGCUCUUCCUUAACCUGGUCUGAAGACACUUCCCGCCGGGUUUACAGCCUCGCGCGCCGGUUUAUCCGCACGUCGCUCACCGAAGAUGAAGAGACAAAACGCAUGGUAGACGUGGCCGUAAUAGUGGACUGUUUCGUCAAUAAGGUGUGGGUGGAUGUGGGGAGGGGUAUCUGCAAGGCCCUGAAGGCAGGGCAGACCAAGUGUUCCACGGACGACCUCGAGAUCCCCAAAAUCCUUCGGCACUCGCGCGCAGAAAACAACCUAAAGGACACGUACAAAAUUUGGCUCGUUUCCAGCCACAAAAGUGACCCCAACGCCCAGGCAGCCGCCCUCAUCGAGGCAGAUCCCGGUCCGCUGCAAUAUCAGGGAGUGGACAAGGUGAACCCCAGCGAGCUCUCCCGGGUCUGCGCCUCCGUGUAUGAUAGGCUUGGGCCCGCCAGACUGCCAAACGCAACAUUCUUCAGCGAUGCGUUCCCUGAGCCGGGGAAACCGUACCUCCUCGUAUUUGAGGGCCCCUGGUGUAUCAAAGUUGUCAAAAUCUCGACAGAGGAAAUUAUUCACAUGGGCUGGCAUCCUCUUGCGAAGGGCCAAUCCGGGUACGGGCGGUUCUAUGCUAUUCCAAUGGGAGGCGUGAAAAUUCCUGUAUUGACAAGCAUGGAGGAGACCAUGGUUCAAAUGAUGAUUCCGGAUGGUCGGUUGGUAUCGAGGGCGGAUGUCGCGAAGCAGAUGGAAGACGAGGGGUGA